AUUUUACAUUUGGCAUAACACUUUUCUACUUACUUAUCAAACAUUCAAAGUUUUUAAAAAGAAAUUGGAAAGCAUGGUUUGCUACGAGAACACUGUUUCCUGUGCCGUUGUUGGUGAUGGAAUGAUUGGCAAGACAUGCCUUGCUAAAAGAUUUGCCGGAAGCCAAUUCUCAGACAAGUAUGUUGCUACAGUUGCAGAAACAUCCACUGGAUCUGUGUCUGCUUACGGUGACAAAUACAGCGUCAAUAUCUAUGAGCAUGAAGAUCAAUCAGCAAGAUCCAAAACAAUUACAGAAUCUGAUGUCAUUGUUGUAUGCUACAGUGCAGUUGACAAAGAAUCAUUUGAAAACGUCAAAUCUUUUUGGAUUCCACUUGUCAGAAAGCUCAGUAAGAAGAAACCAAUUGUUUUAGUUGCUACCCAUAGUGACAUGCGUGAUGAAAAUAAUACCGACCAUGUGUCAGACUCUGAAGGACAAAACUUUAUGAAAUCAAUAAAUGCUGACUAUUACAACAAAUGUUCUGCUGCUACAAAUGAGGGAGUAAAGAAUGUCUUCGAAAGUGUCGUCUUCGCCGCUAUUAGAUAUAGAAAAAAGAAAACCAAUGUGCUGAAACGUGUUUUCGCACGAUGAACUUGAACUUAUCUCUGCCCUGAGAUAAACCUAUAUUUUACACAUCUUGAAAUGUGUUUAGAAUAGCAAAAAACUUGCUGUAAAAAGACUUUGAGAUAGAGAGUUGGAGAUGGAAUGUACCACUGGUGUACAUUCCUAAGACGGAUUCAAAUACCGCUGUCGCAUAACAGUGAUUGAGAUGGAGAAUAAGUAGUUCCGGUGAUGUUCAAGGACACAAACUUACAAAAACAAUAUGAAAUUAGUCAUGUUGAUGAACUAAAAGAGAAAAUAACUAAUUUAGAGAAAAGACACAAACAAUACUUGUAUAUUAUUGUAAAAAUAAUAACAGUUAUUACUCUAAUUUAUGUUGUAAAAAUAAAUUAUAUAACAUGAAAAA